AUGACGAUUCACCUUCAACCUUUGCCACAAAACGCCAAUCUUGUCGAUUUCCAAAGCAUUAUCUACCGGGAGAAGAAGAAUUCGACCACCACCAUGACGUCUAACCCGCUCACUUACGAGGCGUCGGCUGGGGAGACACACAUGCAGGUCUCCUCCGCACUACCCGAUGAGGUUAUCCAAUGUCUCCGGAACGCACGAUUCCUCCACCUCGCAACCUGCACCACGGACCUGCACCCCCACGUCUCCCUCAUGAACUACACCUACCUCGCCUCGACCCCCUUCUCCCCCUCCCCAAUCAUAAUAAUGACCACCAACCCCUCCAGCCGCAAAAUGCACAACCUCCUCUCCAACCCCCACGUCUCCCUCCUCGUGCACGACUGGGUCUCCCACCGUCCCCUCCCCACCGCCUCAACCACCAUAUCGCCCGAGCCCGAACAACCCGCCGCUCACCGAUCAUCCCUCGCCACACUUCUCCAGAACUUGAACUCCUCCGCGCUGUCUUCGAUAAGCGCUUCGAUUAAUGGGGAUGCGAGAGUUGUCGAGGGUGGGACGGAGGAGGAGAAGUGGUUGAGGGAGGCGCAUUUGAGGGAGGCGCAUUUGAGGAAUAAUACGUUUGGGGAGGGGGGGGGGGAGGAGAGGAGAGAGCAGGAUGGCGGGAGGGGGUGCUUUAUUGAGGGGGAGGAGGUUAGGGUGGUGGUGGUGAGGAUUACGGAUGGGAGGGUGGCGGAUUGGAAGGGGGCGGUUAGGGAUUGGAGUUUGGUGCCCAGGGAGAGGUUGGCUAAUGGGGUUUAG